UUGCAAAGAAAACUCAAUAUGCAAAGAGACAUGCUCAAGGAACGACUCGCAGACAUUGAGAGCGAACCAGUCCAAAUCAAGGCAUCCAUAUUCGCGUACAUUCAGAACGGCCUGAAGACGAACCCCGAUGGAGCAGCGGUCGUUAGCACAUUCCAAGCUUAUGAUCACCUGGCAGAUCUGACGGAAAUAUCGCGAAGCUCGGCAGAUAGCAGCAUGGCAAAUGGCAGUCCGGGUUGUCUGGUAUGGACCUACAAGCAACUACACGCCGCAUCUCUGAAGGUCUGUACUGGAUUGAUGGCUCUUGGCGUUGAGCCAGGCAUGAGAGUCGUUACCUUGGUUCCGAAUCGUGUCGAGUGGCAACUCGUGUUGUGGACGAUGAGUCUGCUUCGGGUCACUUUGUCUUCGCUGGAUCCUGGCGCAACGACCAAGCCACGCCGUGCAGAGCUCCUAAAUUUCAUGUCCCAGAUCCAACCAGAUGUAAUCAUUGUUGCGGACUCCGAAAGUGCCAAUGCUGUCGAAGAAGCUCUGAAGAGCCAGGGAAGCAGAUCGCCUAAAGCCAAGAUCCAACUCGAUGGCAUUCCCAACUCGCCGUGGAUAUCUCUGCCCGAGCUAGUUCAAAGUGGUGCCAGCCAUCCAAUCGACACUCAAAAACUCGAGUCUUCUGCUUUGGAAGCCGACCCCGACCGUCCAGCCCUUAUAAUGUUCACGUCAGGUACGUCCUCCGGUAACCCCAAAGGCUGUCCUCGCCACGUUGGAUCGAUUUGUCACGUACUAGAAACUCAGGAUUGGGGACCACGACGCUUCACCUCAUCUUCACGAGCACUCGCCGCCACAGCAAAUUUCCGAAUCAUCGCCCCAACGAUUCACCUCGCCCUCUGGAAGAUGGGUGGAGCGGCAAUUCUACCUGAUCCAAGCCAAGGCAUGAAAGGCUGGAUCUCAGCAAUUGAAACUCACCGCGUAACCUUUAUGCUUUUCAUUCCAGCUCUCCUCCACGCUUUGGUCGCACACCCGGAUUUCGCCACAUCAGACAUGUCAAGCGUCGAAGACAUAAUGCAAGGCGGCGAUAUGAUAACCCGCGAUCUCCUCAUAAAAACUCAAACCGCAUUCCCCCAUGCCAAACUCGCAGUAGGUCACGGCAUGACCGAAGGCGGCGGAGUCUUCUCUUGGGUAUGGUGGGACAAGAAACCAGACCAACUUCCCUACUUCGCCGACUCAAUCGCUCCUUUGGGAAAAAUUGCUCCAGGCGCUCGUCUUCGAAUCCGUGACCCCGAAGCGGGAAAAGUUUUGAGAAGGAAUGAACCAGGUGAACUUUGUGUGCGAUGUGAAAGUAACGUGAGACAUUAUCUGAAUCAUAUCAAUGAGGAUACUUCAUUCUACACUGACGAUGAAGGACUACGAUGGUUCAGAACCGGCGACCUCGCCAUAAUCAAUGGUCACGGAGUUUUUUACAUCCUGGGCAGGAUCAAGGAUAUAAUCAAAAGAUCUGGAAUUCCAAUCACGCCUGCAGCUUUGGAAAGUUGCAUUGAGAAAUUCACUGGCUCAUAUACUUCCGUCUUAGCUUGGCCAGAUGAAGUUUUGGGACAAGUUCCUGUGGCUGUCGUCAAGGAUUUGGAGGGGAGCGGGAAGAGUGAGGAGGAUGUGAAGAAGGAGGUUGUAGAGAAGUUUGGCGAGGAAUAUGCUUUGGGGCAUGUGGUGGGAUUGGAGCAGUUGGGGUUGGAAAGUUUUCCUCUUAAUGCUACGGGCAAGAUUAUGAAGACUGAGCUGGUGCCGAGUUUGAAAGAGUAUAUGGCGAGAGAGGGAAAGCCUUCUUCGUAA